ACAACCCUUUCCAGACCACACCACCAUUGCCUCCUCUUCCACCAUUUCUUCUAGCUAUCCUUAAUUUCUCCGAGUGAAGUCGGAAAUGGCUGACAUUAGCGCAAGUUCUUUGCAUGUAAUAACAGCUCCCCAAACAGUCCCUUAUGAUCUCCAAGCAACCAAAUUCGAUCUGCCAGUAGACUCCGAGCAUAGAGCCAAAACCCUCAAGAUUUUCUCCUUCGCUCAGCCCCACAUGCGAUCCUUCCACUUGGCCUGGAUCUCCUUCUUCACUUGCUUCGUCUCCACCUUCGCCGCCGCGCCGUUGGUCCCCAUCAUACGGGACAACCUGGACCUCACCCGCUCCGACAUCGGCAACGCCGGUGUCGCCUCCGUCUCAGGUAGCAUCUUCUCCCGACUCGUCAUGGGCGUUAUCUGCGACCUCAUCGGCCCCCGGUACGGCUGCGCAUUCGUCAACCUGUUGACGGCGCCGGUUGUUUUCUCGGUGGCUUUCGUGUCAUCGGCUCAAGGCUACAUUGCGGUGAGGUUCAUGAUAGGGUUCUCCCUUGCGACAUUCGUGUCGUGCCAGUACUGGACGACCAUAAUGUUUAACAGUUCUAUUAUCGGGACGGUGAACGGGAUCGCCGGAGGGUGGGGAGACAUGGGCGGCGGUGUCACUCAGCUGCUGAUGCCUUUUCUUUAUCAUGUAAUCAAGGUGUCGGGUGCCACCCCUUUCACUGCCUGGAGGAUAGCGUUUUUCAUCCCUGGAUGGCUGCAUAUUAUUAUCGGAGUGAUGGUGUUGAGUCUUGGGCAGGACUUGCCUGAUGGGAACCUUAGCACUCUCCAGAAGAGAGGUGAUGUCGCAAAGGACAAGUUCUCCAAGAUAUUCAGGUAUGCUAUCACAAAUUACAGGACAUGGAUCUUUUUCCUCCUCUAUGGUUAUUCCAUGGGACUUCAGCUGUGCAUAAACAACGUUAUUGCCGAAUAUUUCUACGACAGGUUCCAUCUGAAACUCCACACUGCCGGAAUCGUAGCCGCCACCUUCGGCAUGACCAACUUCGCCGCCCGCCCUCUUGGCGGAUACACCUCCGACCUAGCAGCUCGCAAAUUCGGCAUGAGGGGCCGGCUGUGGAUCCUCUGGAUUGUCCAAACCUUAGGAGCUGUCUUCUGCAUCUGUCUUGGCCGUGCAAACUCACUUCCCACAGCCAUCGCUUCCAUGAUACUCUUCUCCAUAGGAGCCCAAGCCGCCUGCGGUGCUACCUACGGCGUAAUACCAUUCGUUUCACGAAGAUCGUUAGGCCUAAUAUCCGGCCUCACCGGCGCCGGAGGAAACUUCGGCGGCGGGUUAACGCAACUGGUUUUCUUCUCCACCACAAGAUUCUCCACCGCAAAUGGGCUCACGUAUAUGGGUGUCAUGGCUGUGGCCUGUACUAUCCCGGUGGCAUUUAUCCACUUCCCGCAGUGGGGAAGCAUGUUUCUUCCGCCGUCAAAGAAGGGCAAGUACACGGAAGAGAGUUACUACUCGGCUGAGUGGAAUGAGGAUGAGAAGGAAAAGGGUUUGCACCAUGGGAGCCUGAAGUUCGCGGAGAACAGCCGAUCGGAGCGCGGCAAGCGGCAAGAGAUUGCGGCGGCGGUAACCCCGCCGGGUUAUAAUUCAACCCCAGUCCACGUGUUAUAGAUAUAUCAUAAACAGUAGCAGCGCUGUAUGUGGUGAUUGGUUGACUAUACAACCAUGAGUCAUGAGAUGGUCUGCAUAUGCUGUUUCUCUUUUUGUUAAUAUAAUACGACGAGAUGAUGGUUGGGGGAACCUGUAUUUUGUAAUCUGGUUCGAACUUGUUCAUGUAAUAAAAAGGAAAAAUUAUUUGUUUCUUACUUUAA